AUGUCUGCUUCUUGGCCCUUCGUAGCUUGGGGGAUAGAUGUUAUUGGGCCAAUUGAGCCAAAAGCUUCUAAUGGGCACAGAUUCAUUCUAGUUGCCAUUGACUACUUCACCAAAUGGGUAGAAGCUGUUACGUUCAAAUCAGUCACCAAGAAAGAAGUGGUAGACUUUGUUCACUCUAACAUCAUAUGUCGUUUUGGUAUACCAAAGACCAUUAUCACGGACAAUGCGGCCAACCUUAAUAGUCAUCUCAUGAAGGAGGUAUACGAGCAAUUUAAAAUUGUGCAUCACAACUCUACCCCUUAUCGACCCAAAGCCAAUGGAGCUGUUGAAGCUGCAAACAAAAACAUCAAGAAGAUCCUCAGGAAGAUGGUACAAGGAUCCAGGCAAUGGCAAGAGAAAUUGCCUUUUGCUAUUUUAGGGUACCGCACGACAAUCCGCACGUCUGUUGGCGCAACUCCUUACUUAUUGGUUUAUGGAACUGAGGCAGUCAUACCAGCAGAAGUAGAGAUCCCCUCUCUUCGAAUCAUUGUUGAAGCAGAGAUUGAUGACACUGAAUGGGUCAAGUCUAGACUAGAACAAUUAUCGUUAAUCGAUGAAAAGCGGUUGACAGCAGUUUGUUUUGGCCAGUUAUACCAGCAAAGGAUGGCUCGCGCUUACAACAAGAAGGUGCAUCCAAGACAUUUUGAGGUGGGCCAACUUGUUAUGAAACGCAUCCUUCCACACCAAGAAGAAGUGAGGGGAAAAUUCGCCCCAAAUUGGCAGGGCCCUUAUGUUAUCAAACGGGUGUUGUCAAAGGGAGCUUUGCAGUUGUCUGAUAUAGAGGGAAAGGUGACUGACAUAGCCAUUAACACAGACUCAGUCAAAAGAUAUUAUGUUUGA